AUUGGCAAGAAAAAACUUGUUGUCAAGAUGGUUUAAGUUGAAGUUACUCAACUCAAGUGGGAAUGGGUUCGAACCCCAUUGGGUGUAAUAUAUUUCGAUUUGGUAUUUUUGGGCCUCGGUCCGGUUUAUUUUUUGUUUAUGUUUACAUGGCUUGAACAUGUGUACGAAAUUUGAUCGAUAUUUCUGAGUUUUUUUGUCAUUGUUUUGAGUGACUGGAUCUCUGGCAGAUUAUUUUUUUUCUGAAAUUUGAUCGGUAAAACUUAAUCGGAGUCCGUUGUUCCACCCUCUCUGGUGGAUGCGGAUCUGGUCCUGCGCAUCGUUCCCCAAUCUUCUUCCCGCUGCUGCCAUUCAACCAUCAUCUCAACCCCAGAACCAAUGUCAGUGGACAACGUUGAAGGAUCCAGAUCAAAAAGAAAAUGGACGGAAGCAAUCUCAGUGGACGAUGUUCCUAAAAAAAUCAUACCACACAAAAGACAAAGAUAUGAGCAAGUUUUUCCUGAAGACAUUGAGCACGAAAUCCUGCUGAGGUUGCCCGCCAGAUCUCUUACCAAGUUCACUGGGGUGUGCAAGUCAUGGAGGUGUCUGAUCCGAAGCCGUAAAUUCAUUCACGCCCACCUAUACCGUUCAAUCAUCCAACCAAACAGCCAGAACGACGGUGGUCAGCUCCUCAUACAUUGUUCGGACAAGAGGGAUGGCACUCCGAAUUCAACUAGUGUGUAUUUCAACCUUACGAAACUAUUAUUUGUAGCUUACGUUGAAGUUAAUAGACCUAGUACUAGCACUGCUCCUCUCCCCCAACCCCAAGGUGAUAAUAAAACGAUGGAUUCAGAUGUAAAACGUCGGUGUUGUGAGUUGGUCGGAAUUUGCAACGGGCUGGUGUGCCUCCUUAUUGACAAAACCAGAAUAUUACUUUGGAACCCUUGGAUUAGAAAGUUUGUGAUUUUGCCUCCGCCCGGUGUUACCUUAAAAAGUAACAAGGACUCUAAGGUUCGGAGAAGUGAAGCAUAUGCCCUUGGCUUCGAUUUGUGUAACAAUGACUAUAAGGUUCUGAGAACUGUGAGUUAUAUACAAUACCAGAUUGUCAUGCAAAUUUGAGAUUUGGUCCUUAGCUAGGGGCUCCUGGAAGAGUCUCAGAGGUCCGGUUAUUCCUAGAGACUUCUCGCCCGGAAUUUUUACUUAUGAUGAAAGUCAUGCUUUUGUAAACGGUGCUCCGCAUUGGAUUCAUAGACUCGUUUGAC